UAAGUUUAGGAUCUAUAGAUUAUUCUGCCUUUGAAAAAAAUAUUAUAACGACAAAAUCACUCUAUCUCAAUAGAAAAAUUUAGCACAAAUUUACUGCAAAUUUUAUAAAUAUUUCCCGCCAAUGAUUUGAACAUGAGGAUUCUUUCUCUUGAUUAAAUUGACAAAAACACCCCUGCGAUAUUCACAAAACUCAUCCCAUAACUGAAAGGUAGAAGCGUAAAUAUUCCCACAAAGAGUAACAGCAAGGGUAGUAACAAACUCUUCUCUGUAUAACAAACUACAAACACUUUUCUGAUUCCAUUUUCUCUCUGCAAAAAAAAAAAGAAUUUUGCAGAGGCGAAGAAGAAGAAGAAGAAGAAAUGAAUGCUGUGAGAGCUUACUUCAAUAGGGGUUGGAGAAUAGAUGACAUGAAGAAUACAGGAUACCUUUACCCACAUAUUCACAAACACUUGAAAUAUAUGUAUUGUACCCUUUUCUGUACCCUGUUGAGCUCUACUGUUGGAUCCUCCUUCCAUUAUAUCUGGAACAUCGGGGGCUUGUUCACUCUUCUUAUUGCUUCUGGAACUAUUUUCUUCCUUUUCACUACACCGCCAUUAGAAAGAAAGAAGAGGGUCUGCUUGUUGAUCACUGGUGCCUUUUUUAUAGGGGCUUCCAUUGGCCUAUUGACCAAAUAUCUCUUCGGAAUUGAUCAAGGCUUUGUCAUCAACAUUUUGGCAUGUACAACAAUAGACUUUGGCACUUUCUGGGUGAGAUCCCUGUUAAUAAGGGACAGGAGCCUGUGUAACUGUUGGUGGUUGGUGAUCCUAAUGUUCUUUUGGUUUGCCUUUGCUUCUGACAUCUUUGGUGGCCACAGUGCUCGAUGGAUGGUGCAAGUAUGGUCUUUGCUAGCGUUGUACAUGUUGUUCAUUUCGGUAUAUAGCAAAGAAGUGAUGAAUGAUUCUCUUUACGGAGAAGUGGAUUAUGUAAAUCGCGCAUGCACCAACUUGUUCCAUUUACCAGCUGUAAUGGUCCAUUUUGUUCGGGUACAAGUGGCUGGCAUGCUUGAGAGCUUCAAUCGUUGCAUGAGGCUCCUUAACCGAUAAGGAACUGUAAGAAUGAAUAAAUAGCGGUUAGAAUACACCUUAACAGAUGGGAAAGUGUAAAUGAUGUACCGAUACUACUGCAUUGUACUGAUUCAAUUUAUGUGAUUGCUACUCUGACACUAUGAGCUUUAUGAAUAUCUUGGCAAAUAAUGCGUUCUUGAAUACCCCAUA